GCUUGUUUCACCACGGGGUGUUAUUGUGGACGGACGCACAGCUUCCGGGUACUCUCAGGGAACACUCUGGAACUUAUGUACGAAAGGAGACGCUUGUAGCCUCGUUUCAUGUAAAAAUGGUUGACUGGAAUCCCAUAGCGAAAGUGUACGACCCGCUCAAAGCUGGCAGCAUCGACGGGACGGACCUUGAGCCGCAUGACCGGGCGGUGUGGAGGGCUAUGAGUGCCCGAUACAAGCCCAACAAGGGUGUCGUCGGAGAUCCGCUUCUCAUUGUUUUCGUGUCUCGUCUGAAUCCCGAGACCACCGAGGAGAAGCUUCACGAGGUCUUCUCCAAGUACGGAGAUAUUAAGCGGCUCCGGCUGGUCCGGGACAUCGUCACGGGCUUCUCCAAGAGAUACGCCUUCAUCGAGUACAAGGAGGAGCGCUCUGUGCUCCGGGCCCGCCGGGACGCCAACAAACUGGUGGUGGACCAGUACGAACUGUUCGUGGACUUCGAACAGGAGAGGACCCUCAAGGGCUGGGUCCCGCGGCGGCUCGGCGGCGGCCAGGGAGGGAAGAAGGAAUCCGGCCAGUUGCGGUUCGGGGGCAGGGACCGGCCCUUCCGUAAACCCAUCAACCUCGCCGUGGGUCUGGGGCAGGAAUGGGGAGGUGGAGGCGGAGGCAGGGAGUGGGAGAGACAUGGGGCCAGAGACAGGGAGGACCGGGACCGGGACCGACACAGGGAGGGCGACUCGGGCGGCAGAGGCAGGAGAGAUGACCGGGAAAGAGGCAGAGAAAGGGACGACCGCAGGUACCGGGACAGGAGCAGGCACAGGGACAGAAGGUGAUACCGUGACUUCCACCUUGAUGGCGGUAAAACCAAACGAAGAAGAAGACUAUCCUCUGGUUCAUGUGCAGCCUGUCACCGAUGUUCAGCCCAGCUGCUGCAGCUCCUCGAGUGUGAAGCCAAGAAGGCAGUGUAGGAAAGUUGUACUGAUGAGGUUUGCACAGGUUGGGACAUGUAUGGCAGGUUGACAGUUUAACUUCUCUGUGUCAUACAGACUUUAAACCGAUGAGGACAUUUGAAGGCAUCAUAUGUGGUAGAACCCACUGAUGAGGAUUUGGUGCUACGCUUGUUCUAUGCUCCAGAGAUUGUUACUAACAUUUUAGAAGCUUCUCAGUUUCCUCAUUCAUCUUAAGUUUAAGCUACUAAAAUGUCUAAUUGUUCUAUUUUUCAUUGUUGGCAAUUCACUUUUUUGUAAUCCUUUGCUAUUUCUUGCACCAGCAAUGUUGCUAAUCAUCAUCAAGCUAAUGUAGAGGCCACCAAUACGAAUUAUUAAUGGCAAAACUGCAUUAGUUACAAUUAAGGUGUUUUUGUUCUUAGCCAAUGGAGGUGGUUGUUUAUCGGACAUGUCCCAAACCACUCAUUUGAAAACGAAAACAACAACACUUAUAACUAAAAUACAAGAAAUCAUAUCCAGACUGAAUAAAAAGGUGGAUGACAAGAAAGCUUCCUAACAGUGAAGCCAAAUCCUCUUGAUUGCCCCCUGGUGGCUGGCUGGACAAGGACAAAACAGCAUCCAUAUGUGGAAUAUUUUGUCUUUAUUUUUGUAUAACAUGUGGAGACGUGUCGUUUCUCUUUAUUUACAGCCUGUAGUAGAGACAAAAGCUGAAUAAGAACGUGUAGGAAGUCACUUUUAAAGUGUGAUAUAAAACUCAUCAAACUCUCA